AUGGUUUCCGAUCUGUCUACGACAGGUUUUCUUUCUGCUCUACACCGGUUCAUCGGUCGCUAUGGAAUACCUUCUCAGAUCCACUCUGAUAACGCCACAAAUUUCGCUAGCGCCAACAACGAAUUAAAGGAAUUGUACAAUUUACUCUCCGAUAAGAAAGCUCGAGAUCAAAUUCAUACGGAUUGUUCACGUCAAGGCAUCGAGUGGCACUUCAUCCCACCCCGUGCUCCCAAUUUUGGCGGGCUGUGGGAGGCAGCCGUUCGCAGUGUUAAAACAUCCCUCAAAAAACAAAUUGGCAUCCAGCAAUUGAAUUAUGAAAGCUUCUCAACGUUACUGGCCCAAAUAACAACAGCGCUUAAUUCAAGGCCAUUAACUCCCUUGUCUGAUGACCCGUCGGAUAUGGAGGCCCUCACGCUUGCCCAUUUCAUCAUAGGAACUGCCAUGAACACUCUACCGGAGCCAGAUUACACUCACUCUCCCACAAGUCGCCUAUCCCACUAUCAGCAACGACAGCAAUUGUUCCAGCAAUUUUGGAAUCGCUGGACAACAGAGUACUUGCACAACCUGCAGGUAAUAAAUAAGCAGUACCAAGGACGUAAUAUCAACACUGGAAACAUUGUCUUGCUCAUCGAGGACAACCAACCACCACUGCAGUGGCCCCUCGCAAGGAUAAUUGAGCUCCACCCCGGCUCGGAUGGAGUUGUGCGGGUGGUUACUGUGAAAACAAGGAAUGGAACGUACAAGAGACCGGUCAACAAAAUUUGUCCCUUACCAGGCGAGGAUGUGGACCAGAAAACGAAGCCAUUGGUACAAUGGAAAAAGAUUUCUAAUUAA